AGUGUCUUCAGUAUCACAGUACAUACAUACACCAGGUGCAUUUUUCGGUUUCCAUUGAGAUUGUAUCUGGACUACUAGAUCUUUUCUUCCUGCGCGGCGUUGAACCCUUUUCUUUCCAUCUUCAAGACUUUCGGAAUGGCAGGAAGACAUGCCUUGGUCGUACCUGCGCUAAAGAAGCACACGGCGACAAUCAUUAUGGCGCAUGGGCUGGGCGAUAGCGGCGCCGGAUGGGUAUCUCUUGCUGAAACAUGGCGACGACGCGGCAAGUUUGAGGACGUCAAGUUCAUAUUUCCAAAUGCACCCAACAUACCAAUCACGGUGAAUAUGGGAAUGAGCAUGCCCGGCUGGUAUGAUAUCGUAAGACGCCGCGACGAUGCAGAGUUUUCAGAUCUGAACCAACAGCAAGACGAACGUGGAAUCCUCCGAAGUCGAGCCACCUUUACGAAAUUGAUCACGGACGAGAUCGCAGCUGGGAUUCCUUCCAACCGCAUUGUGCUCGGUGGAUUCUCGCAAGGCGGUGCUAUGUCUAUAUUUACUGGUGUUACAACGCCGCACAAACUGGGAGGUGUGUUUGGCUUGAGCUGUUACCUGGUGCUAGCAGACAAAGUGAAAGAGCUUGCGAAAGAGGCCAAUGAGGUGAACAAAGAUACUCCUUUCUUCAUGGGUCACGGUGAUAGGGACGAGGUGGUCAAAUACAAGUGGGGUCAACACACAGCGGAAUUCCUGAGAAAGGAGUUGGGGCAUAAGGUCGAGUUCAAGACGUAUAGGGGUCUCCCUCACUCUGCUGCUCCGGAAGAAAUCGACGACCUGGAGGAGUUCAUCAAACAAUGUCUACCGGCCAAUGAGUCUCUUUGACUAGAUGAUCGUAAGGGUGCACCUGAUUGGAGCUGGAUACCAUUGAUUGUUCUCAUCAUGUUGGCGUCGCUUGCAUCUUUUGGAUUGGCCAAAUCAUGGCGUCGGGGUCAGAAAGCAAGGAAGAGCUAGAAUCUUUGUCUGUUGCAUCGAACAGAAACAGCUUGAAUUUUGAAGACUAUUUCAUGACCAACAAUA